AUGACUUCAGGUGAUUCAACAAAAUCAUUUGCAUCAGUUGCUGCUACUAAUGCUAGCAAUGCUAAAGGAACAUCAGGCAAUAAUCAAAUGGGUGAUGUUGGUUUUAAAACACGACAACGACCUGAUGCUAUUCGAAAUUCGAAUAUUGUAGCUGCCAAAGCUGUCGCUGAUGCUGUUCGAACAAGUUUAGGACCACGUGGUAUGGAUAAAAUGAUUCAAACAGGUAAUGGUGAAGUAACAAUUACAAAUGAUGGUGCUACUAUUCUUAAACAAAUGUCUGUUAUUCAUCCUGCUGCAAAAAUGUUGGUUGAAUUAUCUAGAGCUCAGGAUAUUGAAGCAGGUGAUGGUACAACCACAGUUGUUGUUAUUGCUGGUAGUCUACUUGAUGCAGCUAGUCGUCUUGUAGCUAAAGGUAUUCAUCCAACUACAAUUGCUGAAGCAUUUGAAAAAGCAGCUGAUAAAGCAACGGAAAUUCUUAAAAGUAUUAGUAUACCUAUAGAACUUAGUGACAAGGAAUCAUUACAUCGAAGUGCUUCAACUGCAUUAAAUUCAAAAGUUGUUUCUCAACAUACUCAUCUUCUUGCUCCAAUUGCUGUUCAAGCUGUACUUAAAGUUAUUGAUCCAGCUGUUGAUACGAAUGUUGAUCUACGGGAUAUUCGUGUUGUUAAAAAACUUGGUGGUACAAUUGACGAUACAGAACUUGUUGAUGGUCUUGUUCUUGAUCAAAAAACAAUUGGUUUUGGAGCACCAACACGUAUAGAAAAAGCUAAAAUAGCUUUAAUUCAAUUUUGUAUUUCACCACCAAAAACUGAUAUGGAAAAUACAGUUAUUAUUAGUGAUCAUGCACAAAUGGAUCGUGUUAUUAAAGAAGAACGUCAAUAUAUAUUAAAUAUAAUAAAACAAAUUAAAAAAACCAAUUGCAAUGUAUUACUUAUACAAAAAUCAAUUUUACGUGAUGCUAUUAGUGAUUUAGCUAUACAUUAUUUAGCAAAAAUGAAAAUAUUAAUUGUUAAAGAUGUUGAACGAGAAGAUGUACCAUUUAUUGCUAAAACACUUGGUUGUAAACCCAUUGCAAGUUUAGAUCAUUUUCAACAAGAUAUGUUGGGUACAGCUGAACUUGUUGAAGAAAUUACUGCUGGUUCUGAUAAAAUUGUUAAGAUCACAGGUGUUGCUCAUCCAGGCCAUACAGUAUCAAUUUUAUUACGUGGUUCAAAUAAAUUAGUUCUUGAAGAAGCUGAUCGAUCAAUUCAUGAUGCUCUUUGUGUUAUUCGAUGUCUUGUUAAAGAAAGAGCAUUGAUUGCUGGUGGAGCUGCACCUGAAAUUGAAUUAGCUGUUCGUUUGGCUGAAUAUGCUCAAAGUUUAUCAGGUGUUGAUCAAUAUUGUAUACGAGCAUUUGCUGAAGCACUUGAAGUUAUUCCGUAUACAUUAGCUGAAAAUGCCGGAUUAAAUCCUAUAGCAACUGUAACUGAAUUAAGAAAUCGUCAUGCUCAAAAUGAUACAAAUGCUGGUAUUAAUGUUCGAAAAGGUCUUAUCUCAAAUAUUCUUGAAGAAAAUGUUGUUCAACCAUUACUUGUUUCUGUUAGUGCUAUUCGUUUAGCUACUGAAACUGUUCGAUCAAUUUUAAAAAUUGAUGAUAUAAUCGAAACAAUGUAA